AAAUAAUUCAUAAUGGAAUUUGCCUUCCUAGCCUGGUUAUAUGAUAAAAGAGUCAUGCUUGGCUUACCAUAUCUGUACAAAGGAGUCAUCAAAUAUUGAUUGCUCAUCCCGAUCUGGUCCAAUAUUGUCAUGCUCAUUCUCUCCCAAUUUGCAGGAGGAUCGGGCAACCAAUGAUGCGAAAGAGCAAAUAAUGAUGGAUGAGAUAGACUUCCAUACCAAAUUCUCUUACUUAUUAACGUCAUUGUAGCUAUUACUUUGAUGGUUUCAGCUCAAUUAAAAUCUCUCAGAAAAGAAAGGAAACUUCUAAUCGAACAAAAGAUGAACGCUUCUACAGCAAGGGAAUAUUUCAAGACAUAUGAUUUCUAUUGGACGAGGAUACUAUAUACAAAUUCCUUUCUCACAAUUUGUCUAAUCAUGACCUCCUUGGCAUUUACAAUCUAUGGUACUAUCUUCAUCAGUCGUUACCACAACGGUCGUAUAAGCCCUGAUUGCCAUGACUCAACUCGUGUUAGGUUAAUCUACUGGCAUUCCUGGGUAUACAUAAUCUCCUACAGCUACGUAAUCCUACUCUACACUGCUUGCGUCAUCUUCAAAACAAUCGUCUCUAUUUUCAGGCUGAAAUUCCCCUUAUUCACGAAGAAAUGCUGCCGAAGAGGGACCGAUGCUGAAGUGGAAAGAUACAUUAAUGAUUUCUGGACUCAGCAUAAACGUUAA